CGGUCAUGUCAACUGCAUUCGCAGUGCCAGAGCUCUCACUGAUCUCAUUAGUAUUUUCUCAUUCUUUGCAGAUAUUGAUUCCAGUGUGGCAGGUUUUGUCGUUCGUAGGCGUGUGUGUGUCGAGCUCAGACUGUUUCAAAGCGUGGAAUAGGUUUUCGGCGCAAGGAGGUGGGGCUCUGGCGGAAUCCGGGGUGGAUUUGGAAUUAGGGGUCCGUGUCUGCCGCAUUGGAUUUCGUCUCGCACGCUGUGCUGGCUCUGGGAUUUUGGGUUAGUAAUUAGGUCGUGAAGUGGCGUAAGCAAUCCGUCGGCACCAUGUGGGGGAGAAGUGGGCAGGACAAGCUUAUGGACCAGAUCUUUCAAUUGAAGUUUACGUCGAAGAGCCUAGUGCGGGCGGCUAAGAAAUGUGAGAAGGAUGAGAAGAGCGAGAAAUUGAAAGUGAAGAAAGCGAUAGAGAAGGGCAACAUGGAUGGUGCCCGGAUUUAUGCCCAAAACGCCAUCAGGAAGCACAACGAACAGCUCAAUUAUUUGCGACUCUCUUCCCGGCUCGAUGCCGUUGUUGCCCAACUCGGAACGCAAAGUAAGUUGCAGACCGUGGCCAAAUCCAUGGCCGGGAUUGUGAAGUCACUCGAUAGUGCUCUCGCUGUUGGCAAUAUGGAGAAGAUUUCUCAAACGAUGGACCAGUUUGAGAAAACUUUUAUGAAUAUGGAGGUGCAAUCUGAGUUUAUUGAAACCGCCAUGGCCGGUAGCACGAGCUUGUCGACCCCCGAAGACGAUGUGAACUCUCUUCUACACCAAGUCGCUGACGACUACGGUCUCGAGGUUUCUGUCAAUCUUCCACAGGCAGGUGCGACGGCCAUACCCGUCAAGGAGACCCCAACGGUAAAUGUUGAAGAUGAUUUGAGCCGAAGGUUGGCAGAGCUCAAAAGUAGGGGUUAACAUGCUUCAGUUAUCUCUCUCUCUCUCCAUCUCGCUCUCGCUCUUAGUUAAUACAAAUGCGAGAUGCUCAUUCGAUUACAAAUCGUGAUAUCUUUCCUUUAUUUCCACGCGUUCCAGGUUUGAUUAUGAUUUGAAUAGAAAUUUAGAGUCGUGAAGCUGAUUUCAAUCAAUAGAUUAUGUCGCUGAGAAAGAUGCUCAUUUGCAGGGCCAGUUACAUUCUGGUCCUUCUAAGGUCAAGAGUUUUGGUCGAGCUUGGAUGGUUGCAGAGAUACUGAUCGAGGAAGAGGCUAUUGGGUCCAUGAUUCAGCCCGGACUUUGUAUAAUGUAUCAGCUUAGAUCAAAAGGUUUACUGUAAUAUGCUGAUCCCUAAAAACUAAUUUGAUUAGUUUGGUUUCAAAUUUAUGUUUAUUCUC